AUGGAUAUGAACGAAGGCAAAGAGGAGAGUGAUAAAGAGGGCGAGGAGGAGGGUUGCAAGAAGGGCGGCGAGGAGAGCGAGAAGGAGGGCGAGGAGGAGGAGGAGGAGGAGGAGGAGGAGGAGGAGGAGGAGGAGGAGGAGGAGGAGGAGGAGGAGGAGGAGGAGAGCAAGGAGGAGGGAGGAGGAGGACGAGAGGAGGGCGAGGAGGAGGGCGAGGAGGAGGGCGAAUAG